AUGGACUUGGAUAGGCGCAGGGAGGAUGCUCGAAAUCCAAAACGCAAACCACGCUUGAUGGAGGAAGACGAGUUGCCAUCUUGGAUCAUCAAAGACGAUGCUGAAGUUGAAAGGCUUACGUGUGAAGAGGAGGAGGAAAAAAUAUUUGGGAGAGGGUCCCGUCAACGUAGGGAUGUGGACUACAGUGACGCUUUGACAGAGAAACAGUGGUUAAGGGCAAUUGAAGACGGCAACUUGGAAGAAAUGGAAGAGGAGGUUCGGCUUAAAAAACGUAAAAGGAGAAGAAAUGUGGACAAGGAUUCGGGCAAAGAAGACGGCGAGAAGGCAAAAAAGAGGAGAGGAAGGCCCCCAGCUGAAAAAUUGUCACCCAAUCCACCUAAAUUGACAAAGCAAAUGAACGCCAUAAUUGAUACAGUGAUCAAUUAUAAGGACAGGUAA